AUGGUGGAAGGAAGAAUGAUAUUUAAUACAAGUCUGUGCUAUUAUGCAUUUUUAAAAAAUCACCCCUCUCUUCUGUUGCAGGAAUAUGAGGCCUUAACCAAACAACCAGCUUGCAAUCCAGAUGUUUGGGUGAACCUUGCCUGUACGUACUUCUUUCUGGGGAUGUAUACGCAAGCUGAACAAGCAGCCUUGAAAGCACCUAAGAGUCGUCUCCAGAACCGUUUACUCUUUCACCUGGCACAUAAGUUCAGUGAUGAGAAGAAACUGAUGAGCUCUCACCAGAAUCUGCAAGACAUUACAGAAGAUCAGCUUAGCUUGGCAUCUAUCCACUAUAUGCGGUCCCACUACCAAGAAGCUAUUGAUAUCUACAAACGCAUUCUUCUUGAUAAUCGGGAAUAUCUGGCUCUGAAUGUAUAUGUGGCCCUGUGCUAUUACAAACUGGAUUACUAUGAUGUAUCACAGGAAGUGCUAGCUGUUUAUCUUCAGCAAGUUCCUGACAGUACCAUUGCUCUCAACCUUAAGGCUUGUAACCAUUUCCGACUUUACAAUGGGAAGGCUGCUGAGGCAGAACUCAAGAACUUGACGGACAGUGCCUCAUUGUCUUUUGAGUUUGGCAAGGAGCUCAUUAAGCACAAUCUGGUGGUGUUCCGAGGAGGAGAAGGGGCUUUGCAGGUCCUGCCUCCUCUGGUUGAUGUUAUUCCUGAGGCAAGACUGAAUCUUGUGAUUUACUAUCUCCGGCAAGAUGAUGUGCAGGAGGCUUAUAACCUGAUUAAGGACCUGGAACCUACAGCUCCACAGGAGUACAUCCUCAAAGGAGUGGUAAAUGCAGCACUUGGACAAGAAAUGGGCUCGAGAGAUCAUCUGAAAAUUGCUCAGCAGUUCUUCCAGUUGGUGGGUGAAUCAGCCAGCGAAUGUG